AAAAUAAGAUAAUUUAAAAUACAAAAUAUCAAUGUACAUAUAAAAACUCAAUACUGAAACUUAGCUCCAUUUAAUAGAAAUAUCCAUUUUUUUAUAUAUUGAUUAGGUGAUAGAAAGUGUAGUUAUUGAACAAAGAAAUCAUUGGUUGCACAAAAAUAGUGAAAAAUGGCUAAGGUUAUUUCGCAAGAAACCUUUGAUGAUGUGGUAAAGGAAAAUAUCGUUGACUUCUCCAUGAGUCCUGAUGAAGCAAAAGAAGAAACAAUCAAGCAAUUCGAAGCCCAGGGAAUUAAUUUGGCGAACAUCAUUAAGGAUUUAACAAUAAAUCCAGACACUGGCAAGCCUGUACUGAAUGAAAUAAUUGAUGAAAUAAAAACUUAUAUAGGUCAAAAAUCCACCGAUACUAAGAAACUACUGGAAAACUUGUCUAUCUUAGACACUGAAUGCCAAAAGUCUAUUUCCCAUCGUGUACUCGCCGGAAAGAAUAGUGCCCAUGAAGCUCUUGUAACACUUCUAGAACAGGAACUGGUGAACCAAAACUCUUCUGAAAAUGUGAAACCUAAUUUAUCCGUUUUAGAGGCCUGUUUAAAGUGCGCUAAUAGUUUUACAAACAAACAGCCAGAUAUAUUCGAUGCAGAAGCCCUGGCCCUAAUUUUGAAACUUUUAUCCAUCGAAGAUGAAAAUAUAAUAAUACUUACGCUGCAAUGGUUGCAAAAAGCAAGUAUAAUGCACGAAAUCAAUCGACAAAACAUUGUCAAUGCUGGAGUGGUGAAGAAGUUGAAGCCAUUUGUGUCCAAGCAGAGCAGCCUAAAACUGAUUCGAGAAGUUCUAGCUGUUCUGCGCUAUCUUGUGCUGGACGAUGAUAUUCGCGUAGAGUUUGGAUGUGCACACGAACAUGCGCGUCGCAUUGCUAGCGAAUACAUUGUGGAUUUGACAAAGUUAUUGGGUGAAUACAAUGAUACCAAUAUUUUGUCAGAUUUGGUGUUGACAAUCGGUGCCUUAGCGGUGCGUCAAGAAUUUUGCACAACCAUUGAGGAUGCGGGUGGAAUUAAAUUCGUGUUUGAUAUCAUGACCGCUAAUCAAACAUCUGUUCGUGUGAAUCGUGAAGCAUUUAAGCUACUACGUGCAUUAGGCGGUAACGACACUGUGAAGGCGCAUAUUGUGCAACAAGGUGCAGCCCCGAUUAUUAAGCAAGUGCUAGAAACACAUCUGUCAAAUGAGAAUGUAGUCUCUGGGGCAUUGGCUUGUAUUGCAACAUUGACAUUGCGUGUUAAAGACAAUAGUGCAGCCUUCUUUGCUACCGGAAUUGCAGAAACCAUUGUAGAGGCUAUUCGUAUGCAUCCUAAAAAUAAGAUAGUUCAACGCAACGGUGCUUGGGCCAUUCGCAAUAUGGUGUCUCGUUCACGCGAUCAGUGCGAAAGCUGGAUUUCCUUUGGCGUGGAGGAUCUAUUAAAUACAGCGCUAAGUUCGCACCCAUCAAUACAACAGGAUGUAAAGGCGGCACUUCGCGAUUUAGGAUGUAAAGUAGAACUUCGCGAAGAAUUCACUGGAGUUGCUGAAAAGAAAAUUAUUGGCAUGUGAAAGGCUUUUAUAAAAACGCGCGUAUGCUGACAAAAAAGAAGCUGGUAUUGCUCAUGUUUAUAUCUUCAAAGCUUUAAAAGGAGCCUUUGUGUAAAUUGAGCCCAGUAUUUCCAUUAAUAAUAUACUACUAUUUCACUUAGAUCUUAAUCGCAACAUAUACUCAUUUCAAUUUUUUUUUACACAACCAUAUUCAUACUGACAAACGAAAAACUACAUAUGUAUUAAAUUAAAAAAAAAAAUUAACUACCACAAAUGAUAAUAAGACAA